CUCUCAGUCUUUGAGUUGUACAAGAUCGAUCAAGUGCAAAAAAAUUUGUUCAAUUAUGAAACUCUUUGGAAUUUUAGUUGCUCUCAUUUUUACAGCAAAUUCAGUUUAUGGAUUAUGGUCGAGUAAAUGCAAGGAUGCAGAAACAUCCACUGAUAAGGUUGUUCAAUUAAUACAAAACGCAAAUUGCACGUUGAUAGCGGAAUCAAGGAGAUUUUAUGUGAAUCUCAACAAUAUUCGCGAUAGAAUGCGCAAUAAAAUGGAAAUAUUUAAGGAAUUGUUUCGAAAAAAUAAGGAAGUGAAUGAAGAUGAAAAUCUUGAUUAUGGAAUCGAUGUAAGAAUGUCGGCAGAUGAAAAAGGUGAAGACAAUCCGAGUGAGGAUUUAAAUUCUAGAAGAAAACGUCAAAGUAAUGAAGCUGAGAAUGAAAAUGAGGAAAGUUCAAAUGAUGCACAGCAACCAGAAAAUCAAGAAAAUGUAGAAGAAGAAGAACAAUACGAAGGAGUCUUAAAGCCAAAGGCAAUUAACAUUUUAGUUGCUCCAAAUCAAUGCAGACCAGGCCAACGAUAUGUUUCGGGAAGAUGCAGGACAUUGGUGUUUUUUGACUAGUAUUCUUUAUAACUGUGCAACUCUCUGUUAUCUUCAUAUCCAUGACAUUAUUUGAUUUUGUGAUCGGUGUACCUAAUUAAAUUAUACCUUAUUGAUUUUUAAUAAAACUUACAAAACAUUCAA